GGACGCAGUUCUUAUAAUUCACUGAAAACAGUCGCGGUGAUCCGGUGGGGUAGAAUAGGGCUGUGUUUUACCUAAACCAAAUACCGGAGGGGUUCAUCCAUCUGCUACUCAUCAGAGAAGCAUGAUGCUGUCAAGACUUACCCACCAUUCCCGUCUGGCAUUAGCUGGAACAAGGCUGUUUAGCGCGUCGCCGGCGGCUCGUCAGGAGUCGUCCGACGGCUGGCUGAGCAAGCUGCUGGUGAGGAAGAUCGAGCCCACCAAGGAGUCCCACUCACGCAUGCUCUCCGACAAGGAGGUCAUCUACGAACUGCAGACGCACAAUGUCCGCUGCGGCGAAAUGGACAACUACCUGAACAACUAUGAGCGGUACCACAAUGAGGUGCAGGAGCGCACUGUCGGCGGCCAACUGCAGCAAGAGCUGGUGGGCAGCUGGCAGGUGACUGUCGGCGACCAGGAUCAGUGUCUGCACCUCUGGAAGUACAACGGCGGCUACAAGGCUGUCGACGCAGCCAGGACCGCCCACCUCGAACAGAAGGACCUUGCGGCGCUGCUCAAGGAGCGGGGCUGCCUCCUCCGCGCCCGCCACUCCCAGUACCUGCUGGCGUUCAGCUUCUGGCCGCCGCCGGCGCCCCGCGAGGGCCACCACCUGUACGAGAUUCGCAGCUACCUGCUUAAGCCGGGCACCAUGAUCGAGUGGGGCAACAACUGGGCGCGUGCCAUCCACUACCGGCGCGAAGGCGACGAGGCGUUUGCCGGCUUCUUCUCACAAGUCGGCCGCCUCUACAACGUCCACCAUAUCUGGUGCUACGACGACCUGCAGCACCGCAAGGAGACGCGCGAGAACGCCUGGUUCAAGCCGGGAUGGGAUGAGUGCGUGGCCCACACGGUGCCGCUCAUCGGUGGCAUGCAGUCGCGCAUCACGUGGCCCACCCGCUUUUCCCCCACGCAGUAGUGGAAGAGGUGUACCCGACCAACGUCGCAGCCGCUGUAGUGACCGAAAGCCGACGGACAGCUUUCUGAUGCGUCUGUUUGCCGCAGUCCGAGAGCGCCGGGUGACUGGUUGGGUGCGGUUGUUGGAGUAGCGCGUUUGAGUCGGUCUGUUGACUGCUGUUACGUUGUGAGUCCGUGAAGCGCGAGCCUGAGUCGAAGAUUCUGCAGAAGGCUGUGGUGGGAGAGAUCUUUGGUGACGGAGGCGACCUGUAGGUUUUCAGCUGAGGGAAAGUUUUGAAACAUUUAUUUUGAGGGUUUGGUCUUAUGUUGUCUUGUUUGCUGAAAUGAAGCGUGAAUGCUAUUGAGUACAUAAUAAACGAAUCAUGUCCUUA